GGCUGGUGUCCUGCCCUCAGGACAUCCUCUCCAAUCCACCAUACACCACCUUACCCCUCUGCUGGCAAGAGGGGACCUGAUUCAUCCUCACACUAAACACUCAUUCUACCCAACUGAUUGAGACAGAACAGAAGAUAAACUGAAACUUCUCUGUCUUCCCACUGCAAGAGUGAAUGAGCGAUCCCUCUCAACUGACUCAGAAUGUUUGCCUCACCCAGGAGAUGGAGCUCGCGAAGGCCUUCUCUGGCCAGCGGACACUCCUGUCUGCCAUCCUCAGCAUGCUAUCACUCAGCUUCUCCACAACAUCCCUGCUCAGCAACUACUGGUUUGUGGGUACACAGAAGGUGCCCAAGCCCCUGUGCGAGAAAGGUCUGGCAGCCAAGUGCUUUGACAUGCCGGUGUCCCUGGAUGGAGACACCACCAACACAUCCACCCAGGAGGUGGUACAAUACAACUGGGAGACUGGGGAUGACCGGUUCUCCUUCCGGAGCUUCCGGAGUGGCAUGUGGCUAUCCUGUGAGGAAACUGUGGAAGAACCAGCACUGCUCCAUCCCCAGUCCUGGAAACAAUUUAGAGCCCUUCGGUCCAGUGGUACAGCGGCAGCAAAAGGGGAGAGGUGCCGAAGUUUCAUUGAACUUACACCACCAACCGAGAGAGGUGAGAAAGGACUACUGGAAUUUGCCACGUUGCAAGGCCCAUGUCACCUCACUCUCCGAUUUGGAGGGAAGCGGUUGAUGGAGAAGGCUUGCCUCCCCUCCCCUCCUCCCCCUUGGGGCUUUGUGGGAAAAAUCCUAUGGUUAUCCCUGGGAACGCAGAUCACCUACAUCGGACUUCAAUUCAUCAGCUUCCUCCUGCUACUAACAGACUUGCUACUCACUGGGAACCCUGCCUGUGGGCUCAAACUGAGCGCCUUUGCUGCUGUUUCCUCUGUCCUGUCAGGUCUCUUGGGGAUGGUGGCCCACAUGAUGUAUUCACAAGUCUUCCAGGCAACUGCCAACUUGGGUCCGGAAGACUGGAGACCACAUGUUUGGAAUUAUGGCUGGGCCUUCUACAUGGCCUGGCUCUCCUUCACCUGCUGCAUGGCAUCGGCUGUCACCACCUUCAACACGUACACCAGGAUGGUGCUGGAGUUCAAGUGCAAGCAUAGUAAGAGCUUCAAGGAAAACCCGAACUGCCUACCACAUCACCACCAGUGUUUCCCUCGGCAGCUGUCAAGUGCAGCCCCCACCGCGGGUCCUUUGACCAGCUACCACCAGUAUCAUAGUCAGCCCAUCCACUCUGUCUCUGAGGGAGUCGACUUCUACUCCGAGCUGCGGAACAAGGGAUUUCAACGAGGGGCCAGCCAGGAGCUGAAAGAAGCAGUUAGAUCAUCUGUAGAGGAAGAGCAGUGUUAGGAGUUAAGCGGGUUUGGGGAGUAGGCUUGAGCCCUACCUUACACGUCUGCUGAUUAUCAACAUGUGCUUAAGCCAACGUCUGUCUCCUGAGCAUGGUUUUUAGAGGCUAUGAAUAAGGCUAUGGAUAAGGUUAUCUUUAAGUCCUAAGGGAUUCCUGGGUGCCACUGCUCUCUUUUCCUCUACAGCUCCAUCUUGUUUCACCCACCCCACAUCUUACACAUCCAGAAUUCCCUUCUUUACUGAUAGUUUCUGUGCCAGAUUCUGGGCUAAACUGUGGAGAUAAAAAGAAGAGUAAAAUACACUUCCUGACCUUAAGGGUCUGAUACAUCUAGUUAUUGGUCUGGAAGUUGGAGAAAUGGAGGAGAGCAAAUUAGCGGUAGUGUGACUGUGGCUCAACUUUCCAUGGUACACGCGAAUUGUUCUGGAAGUCACAGAUGGGAAGACAGAAGCACCCGAGUGCUUUAUCAUAUAGCACAGAGGUCCUCCACACUGCCUGGGACAGUGUCCUGCAUACACAGUAGGUACCCAGUAAAAGUGUUAUUAAAUAUUGUCCCAGGAGCCCUUAGGAGAGUGGUUUAACAUGAGAAGGCACCAACAGCACACAGGGUCAGGGUCACUUCUAUAAAUAGCCCACCAAGGCUAUUCAGAUGGGACUGUGGUUCCCUUCUGGACAGUCAUACCAGGGACUUCCCAGUGAACAAGGGGGCAUAGGCUCCUCUCUGGAUCCCACCUUUUCAUCUCUUCUGAGAAAUGUACCCUAUUAUUUCCUCCAUAAAGAGUGCCACCUAUCCAAUUCCUCAAGGAUCUAGAACUAGAAAUACCAUUUGACCCAGCCAUCCCAUUACUGGGUAGAUACCCAAAGGAUUACAAAUCAUGCUGCUAUAAAGACACAUGCACACGUAUGUUUAUUGCGGCACUAUUUAUAAUAGCAAAGACUUGGAACCAACCCAAAUGUCCAUCAGUGAUAGAACUGGAUUAAGAAAAUGUGGCACAUACACACCAUGGAAUACUAUGCAGCCAUAAAAAAAGAUGAGUUCAUGUCCUUUGUGGGACAUGGAUGAAGCUGGAAACCAUCAUUCUGAGCAAACUAUCACAAGGAUAGAAAACCACACACCGCAUGUUCUCACUCACAGGUGGGAACUGAACAAUAAAAACACUUGGACACAGGGUGGGGAACAUCACACACCGGGCCUGUCAUGGGGUGGGGGGAGGGGGGAGGGAUAGCAUUAGGAGAUAUACCUAAUGUAAAUGACGAGUUAACGGGUGCAGCAAACCAACAUGGCACAUGUAUACAUAUGUAACAAACCUGCACAUUGUGCACAUGUACCCUAGAACUUAAAUCAAAAAAAAAAAAAAGAAUGCCACCCA